CACUCGUCCAUUUCUCACAUGAACGCCGGCACCAGCACCAGCAACGCAGCGGUCAUUGAGCGCUGGUUUGCUCGCCAGCUCGACGCUGUUGGUGCAGAUGGCGCCACGUUUGCGCCGUACAUCCUCGGCGAGAUUGACGAAGCACGCAGCGAAUGCGACGCCGCAGCACCAGCGAGCGGCUUUGAUCUCCACUCGUGCGCGACGACGGCGCUCGUGGAGCAAGCACAGCUGCCUGCCGACGUCGCCGCCAACGUUGCAGAGCGACUUGUCGAGUACUUGGCUGGAGGCUGCAGCGAGCCGAGCACUGAUGACGACCUCCCGUCCCAGCAACCAACAAGCGCUGAAAAUUUGGCGCCAACUUUGUCGGCAACAACAGAUUUGCAGUCAGACGACGUGGAAGAAUUGACCUCAAGCAACAGUACCAUGCCUUCGAUGCAACCGGUCGACGGCAACGACGACCUCGAUCAUAAAGACGUCAGCCAGGUCGCCGAUGCCAUUGCUAACGGGUUUGCCGAGUAUGGCAUUAGUCCUUCGGAGGCACUUGAGCUGUUUGAGAGCACGGGGUUUGACCAGAUGCGCACUUUCGCGCUGCUCCUCGAGUUUGUCGAGCAACAGCAGAUUCAAGAAGAGGCCGGCGAAUCGCCUCAUAGGGACGAUCAUUUGGCAGAUAAUACGGCGCAGUUUGCAGCGAGCUCGGAUACUCAAACGCCUUCCUCAUCCAUCCUCAACGACCGCCCGCCCAUUUGCACCUUCUUUUUGACGGAUCAAUGCCGUCGCGCUGACUGCUGGUUUUCCCACGACCUAACCGAGGUGCAGUGCAGGUUCUGGCUGGCUGGUCGGUGCCACAAAGGAGCCGCCUGUCCCUUUUUGCAUGGGGUUGGAUCGGGCGCAGCCAGCAAGUUGUCGGCGUCUGCCGCGCAAGCCUUGCUGUCGAUUCAACGACCAAACGCGUUACAGCCCCAGUCGUCGGCGUCGUUGGCCCCCGCGCAAGCUCCAACCAUUGCGUCCGAGCAAGAGUUUCCGGCGCUGGGCGGCGUUCGGCCUUUGGCUCGCAAACAACCUUCGCCGGCGCGGCCUGCUGUUCAAGUGGAAUCGCUGGGCUCCAAGCUCAAGCUCCAUGCCUUGCAGGCAUGCUAUCCAUCACUUGCACCCUGGGAUAUCCGAGAGGCGUUUGAGCGCGCAGAUUGCAAUCAAUCAGCCACCGAACGCGCUCUAGAUGCUCAAUUUCCAGAAGCGCGAGUUUUGCAGUCCUCACCCGCUCAACAGUCUGACGAACAAGCACGCGCCAGUCGGCUGCAGCGCCAACACACCUCGAGCACUCGACGCGUGGCUUUCCCCAUUGGCGCGGCGUCCCGAUCGGCGCUUGCAUGGGUUUCGACUGGCGCCGACCUCCGCGAUCUAUACCAAAGCCGGCGGCAACAAGCAGCCGAUCUUGCCGUCGAGCGAAACAAACUCCUAGUGCACGCGUCAAAUGCCUUCAAGAGCGGCGAUGGCCGCAGCGCAGCAAGCCUUUCUGCAAAGGCGCGCGAUUUUGAUCGACAAAUGCAACGGCUGCACAGUGAGGCGGCGGACGCGAUUUUCGCAGAGCGCAACCCGAACUUGAUUGUUCAGAAUGGGACGGUCGCCUUGGAUGUUCAUGGCCUACACAUUGGUGAGGCCGUUGAUAUGGUUGAGCGCUUCUUGCUCGCCCCGUCAACCCCGUACCAGUGGGUUCAAGUUAUUACCGGCACCGGCCACCACUCGGCUCAGAGUCGAGCAAAGCUGCUUCCUGCGUUGAAGGCGUUUUGCAGUGCCAAUAGCUACCAAUAUCGCGAGCACGGCAUGAAUGAUGGUCGAGGCGGCGUCGUGUUGAUUCGUGUUCCGACAAGUCUCAAGUAGAUAGAUGUAUUUCAACAUCAGAUACUGUAGUACAGCAUUUUUAGCA